GAUCUUAACACCGAAGAAAUCGUUCAAAAAGUUAAAGAAAUCCUUAGCGAAAACUGCAUCAGUCAGCGGCAGUUUGGAGAACAAGUUCUCGGUCUGUCACAGGGAAGUGUGAGUGAUCUUCUAGCCCGGCCGAAGCCCUGGCUCAUGCUGACCCAGAAAGGUCGAGAACCAUUUGUUCGCAUGAAGUGCUUCCUCGAUGAUUCUACCUCUCUGGAUUCGCUU